UUAUAUUUGGUAGUACAAAAUAUUUUUUUUAUUGAUUCGCGAUGGAAAAAACCUUUAUUUCUGAUAGUGAUAUAGUGAGUGGAAGUGUUUGACUUUAAAAUAUAACAAAAGUAUCUGAACCUGAGUCAUAUCACAAAGAUAAAUUACAUUUAAUCUCAUAAAAUGCUUGAUAUAGUGAUGAUACACUUUAAUAUCUUCUUGCUUCCUACUCCAUCUUCUUGUCAUGGCAAAACAUCAAACCACUUCUUUCAAUUUCAGAUCUUCUUGUUCUAUUCUUGUUUUUUUAUCAAUCUUCUCAUCUAUUCCUCUUCUCUAUUGGUCUUAUUCAAUUGGUUAUGGCUAUUGUCAUGAUCAAGUAGAAAAUAACAAAGAAAUGUUAUCAAUGGAACCAAUUCAUCUCCUCAAAUUUCCAAAAGCUUGGAACCAACUUGUUUUUUCAUCAAAACAACGUCGUACUCCUCAGACAAAACUCCUUAAAAUUGGUCUCUUUGUCAGGAAAUGGCCAGAAAAGAAUCAAGCUGGAGGUAUGGAACGACACGCCUUAACACUCUAUCUUGCCUUAGCUAAACGCGGACAUGACCUUCACAUCUUCACAACUUCUUCAUCCGCGAGUAUUCCAAGUACCAUGAGUAAUCUCCAUUUUCACAUCUCAAGGCCUAUAGGUUCAGGAUAUCUAAAUCAACUUGUUGCUUGGAAGCAAUUUUUAGAAGAAAACGCGACAAAGGCCUUUGAUGUUAUACAUUCAGAGAGUGUAGGUCUUAGACUAACAAAAUCAAGUACUUACCUGAAUAAUGUCGCUGUUAGCUGGCAUGGAAUUGCUUAUGAGACUAUACAUUCUGAUAUCAUACAAGAACUCGUAAGAAAUCCUCUAGAUUCAUCGUCACAACAAGUGAUCAGCGAUGGCAAAAUGAUGAAAGUUGUUGAAGAGGUAAAGUUCUUUCAGUACUAUGCUCACCAUGUUGCCACGAGUGAUCAUGUUGGAGAUGUACUUAAAAGGAUCUAUAUGAUCCCAGAAGAACGCGUUCAUAUCAUCUUAAAUGGAGUAGAUGAGGAAAUAUUCAAACCAGAUGUUUCAAAAGGCAAUGAUUUUCGAUUGAAAUUAGGUAUCAACCAAGAUAGAUCAAGGUCAUCGAUAAUCCUAGGAUUAUCAGGUAGAUUGGUUAAAGAUAAAGGACAUCCAUUAAUGUUUGAAGCAUUACAACAGCUCUUCUUAGAGAACUCGACAUUUAAGGAGACUGUGAUCGUCCUAAUAGCUGGAAAUGGUCCAUGGGGUGAUCGAUACAAAGAGCUAGGACCAAAUGUGAUGGUUUUAGGACCAUUAGAACGUGCUCAAUUGGCGGAGUUUUAUAAUGCAAUAGAUAUAUUUGUACACCCAACUUUACGAGCUCAAGGUUUAGAUCAAGUACCAUUGGAAGCAUUUUUAACAGGUAAGCCUGUGAUGGCAACAAAACUAGCAAGUUUUACUGGUUCUAUUAUUGUCAACGAAGAUAUGGGAUAUACAUUUUCACCUACAGUAAGUGAAUUGAAGAGAGUUUUGUAUGAAGUUUGGGAAGGGGGAAAGAAAAAUUUGGAGAAAAAAGGCGGGUUUGCUAGGGAGAGAGGGUUGAAGAUGUUUACUGCAACGAAAAUGGUUGCAGCGUAUGAGAGGCUAUUUCUUUGUAUCUCAGGUAACAAUGAGGAAAAACAACAGAAGAAUGAAGAUUAUUGUGUCUAUCAACCUCAUCAAGAGAUGGAUUGAUAGGAAUAUAUGAAAAACCAAGAGCAAAGUUAGUACUAGAGGUUCAAGUUCAAUUUUCUUGAUUCAUUGUUUAUUCGAUAUGGAUUUUCAUCUUAUAUCGUCCAUGCUCCAGAGUCCAGGACAUGUAAUCAUUAUAUGGUAUGGAUCGUCCUUACCUCUUGAGCUAAAUUCUAGGUUAAGUUAGACCUAAAGUAUGUUUU